GGCACAAAAACACUACUUCAAUCCCAAACACACGGUUUAUUUCUCUUCAACCCUAUUGAUCGAUCAUUUCACCAAACUAACUACUCUAAUCUCUGCAUCCCUACUUCUCUGUCGCAUCUCUGCCAGGUACGAUUAAUAUAAUUUGAUCUGCAAUCCCCACCACCAAGAAACCCCACCGCAAACAAACCCACAUCUCAAUCUCCGGCACCGGUGAAGCUGUGCAUGUCAACUAUCAAACAAGUGUUGCGCUUUACUUCCUCAAUUCGCAUUACCAGAAACAGGUUGUUGUUGUGACAUGGAAUCGAAUUCUGGUUCAGAUCGUGAUGAAGACGAAGACGAGAAUAAAUCAAAAAGAGGUCCGACGAUGAUGAAGAAUACAAAUCAUAAAGGGAAACUUGUAAUUUCUUACAACAAUAAAGGUGUCCCAAUUGGAAAAGAAGCAACAAAACUUUCUACUUUUGAGGGGAAGGCAGCAAGAACUAUGGUUCCUAUAACUUAUGCCACUUGGCCCGACGUUGAUGAGAAUACAAAGGAAGAAUUAUGGCAAUAUGUAUUGGCACAUUUUGAAGUUGACCCAAAAAGCCGGACGCAAACUCUUCAAUCAAUUGGGGAUAAGUGGAAAAACUUCAAACAUACUCUAUACCGAGAUCAUAUUGAGACACAAAAGGAUGACCCUGAGGAGAAGAAGAAUUUACUCAAUCCUCCUAAGAAGUAUCCAUUCUUGAGAAAAGAAGACUGGAAACUUUUUGUAGCACAAAGACUUACGAAAGAGUGGCAGGAUAGAAGUAAGAAAGGUAAAAGACUCCGUGCACAUAAUAAAUACAAUCAUCAUUUGAGCAGAAAGGGAUAUGCCAACCUCCUUGUUGAGAUGAUGCAAGAAACCGGCAAGACAGAAGAGGAGAUUGAUAGGGCAACGUUGUGGAAAAAUGCAAGAGUAUUGAAAACAGGAGGUUUCCAGAAAGAUGUCAGAGUGAUUGUUGAUAGAAUUGAUGAGCUACAUAGAUCAGAAGCAUCUGGAAACGUUAUAUGUGGAACAAAUGAUGUGCUUGCGCAGGCCCUAGGUACUACGGAACCACGUGGGCAUGUACGCGGGAUGGGUAAAUUUGUCACGCAACAUCAGUAUUUUUACUUACCCAAGACCGUUAAGCAUUACUUGGACGAUGAGAAGAAGAAAAAUGAUCAAAGGUUCAACAAACUUGAAGAUGAUUUAGAGAAACUUAAAAAAGGUAUGACUAAUGUGUCCGAAGCCGGAAGUUGCCAAAUGUGGGGCAAUGAAGAUUAUGAAGACGACCCACUUGAAGACCGACUUGAUAAUUCAUGUCUUCUUGCGGUGGAUUUUCCCUCAAAUAUAGUCGCCAAAGGAACCAUAUUGAUGGAUACAUGUGAAGGCGGGGAAACUGCUAAAGUUACGAUGGAAGUAGCUUUACAAGGAGAAACUUUACUACCUAUUCCACUUGAAGAGGAGUAUAUUUAGAAGGUCAAAGAAGCUGUGGGGCACAUACUAAGUUGGCCUAGACAUCUAGUCAUUCGAUGCUCUGAAAUGGAAAAAGUAGUGGCAAAGCCAAAGAGAAAACCUACCGAGGAAAACAAAAAGGAAAUAGAAAGUAAAAAUGAAAAGAAACGGCCAAGAGAACCUACUGAAGA